AUGUCUUCAAGUCACUCAGUAGAAUCACUUGAGACUACUGAUGUGCCAGAUUCAAAUAUUCCUUUACCAUCCGAGGCUCAAAGGUUAAUAACUCAUUUUGUUGAAGGUGUUGUCGAAGGGCAAAGAAGUGAACUACUUGUCUCAAGAAACACUAUCACUGGUAAACUUCCCGCCUCACAGAUAAGAUCUCCAUCACCUAGAUUGCUUACUGGAAGUGCUUUACGCAUUGGUACUCCAGUAGUGACUCCAACACAGUCACAAACAACACCAAUACCACCAAAUAUACCAACAACAACAACUACAACAAUAACAACAACACCAUCAACACCUACACCACAAUCAUUUCUUGAUCCAAAUUCACCACAUCAUUCUUCAAGUUCUUCUGAAUCAUCUGAUUCGUCUGAAUACUUAAGUGAUUGCUCACCAAACAGAAUUGCCACCAGUGGUUUAUCAACCGAUACUCUUAUUGUAGCACUUAUGAAUCGGUUGAGAUCUGAAGAACCACAUCUUACUUCCCACAAAAGAUCCAUUUUCCAAUCACUCCUUGCGUACUUGUCAGUCAGGGGUACUCAACUAGAACAACAGGCUGAAAUUGUAGCACUUCAAAAACGAAUCCAAGAGUUUGACCAACAAUGUAGACUGACUAAUAUCUCAAGACGUCGGGAUGAUCAAGAUCUUGAUGAUCACCCCGAGGGGGAGAAUAUUAGAGAUAUUAGAGAGGGUCAUGAGACAGAAGAUCAAGUUGGUCAACAAACUGUUCAUGAAAAUGUUCAAGAAGUUGUUCAAAAUCAAGAAGCCCAAAAUCAAGAAUUGGCUGAACAGUUGAGACUUGCAAAUCUAAAGGAGCUAGAAGAAGAAGAAGUUGAAAGACAAAGCAAACAGAGUUCAGAUCCUCUAGCCACUUCCUCUCAAAUUCAAAGUGUUGUUCAUCAAUCAUCAUCUCAUAUUCAUGAUUCAGAUUCGGAUGACUUACCUCUACUUGUCAGACACAUUUCUCACUAUUAUUCUACAACAUCAAGUUCUGAUGAGUCAUGUGAUCCUGAUCCAUUUCAACCAGGAAAUGCUAAUAAUGAUGAUUCUGAUUAUGCUCCAACAAGUGAAGCUAUUCCUCAAUCUCAGCAUCCAUCUCAAGAAGAAUAUAGAAGAGAUGUCUUUGAAGCGAUAGUCUAUCAUCUCAGAAACACAUAA